AAAAGAAUGGCAUGUGCCGAGGGAGGAUGUACCACGUAGGAAAAGCCCUGAUGCGUCCUUCUAACGAGGAGGGGUUGGAGCAUUAAUUGGGAGAUACCUAAUCUCCAGACACGGAGUAGUGAUAAACACAACGCCUUGGUCGUCUCCGCCAGCUUCCAACAGCUAUCGGUCUGCUGCUCUGCCUGCACCGCCGCGCCGAUAGGAUAGCUGAGCUGAAGAACGGCAUUCUUGUUUGGCAGCUGAGCGUGGCAUGUCGAAGGCGCCGCGCGGCCCCAGGAAGGCGGUGAGGAGAGGCCCGUGGUCGACGGAGGAGGACGCCAAGCUGAUGAACCACGUCGCCAAGCAUGGCCUCGGCCGCUGGAGUGAUAUCCCCAGGCUAGCAGGCAUUGAGAGGUGCGGCAAGAGCUGCAGGCUGAGGUGGUUAAACUACCUCCGGCCGGACCUGAAGCGGGCAGCGCUCUCCCAGGAAGAGGAAGAUCUCAUCAUCCAACUCCACUCCAUCAUUGGCAACAGCUGGACUCUCAUCGCGGCGUGCCUGCCGGGGCGGACGGACAACGGGGUCAAGAACUUCUGGAAUGCCUCCAUCAAGCACAAGCUCCGCCGGCGUGGCAUCGACCCGGACACCCACGAGCCGAUGGUCGACGAGGGUAGGAGGAACGGCGACGCCCAGCACAUCCUGCCAUCCCACCUUGCGGCAGGUAGCAACACGUGCAGCCAUGGAGCCGUGCCGCUGCCGGACUCCAUCACUCGCUACAUGGGCACGGACCCGCUGCAGCUCCAGCACGGCGUUGUACUUGUACAGCCGGUGGUGUCGAGCUCCAGCACGGUGGGCUCUGACCCGUCCAGCUCCGGCUCCGACACCGGCGAGCAGUGCAACAACGGCGCAGACAGUGGCAGUCAGCUGUUCGACCUGACGGCGAGCAGUACUACUACUACCGAGUCGGGCGGGCAGCACGAACCACACCUGCUCCCAUCGCCGGCUGGUUGGAGCUGCUCCGCGAGUACCUUGACUGGCUCGGUUUCGUAUUGGUUGUAGUAUAUAGUUACUUAUACGGUGCUGCUAUCGACAAGAUUAGCCGUGCAAAUUGAUUUUUUUUGCGAAAAAAAGAUGUGCAAAUUGAUUAAUCUGUGUUUGUCGCUGUUGUAUAGUGUUGUUCAAAAACGUACUGGGCUGAGGCUGGAAACGGGCAGGGUGUGGCCUGCGGGCUUCUUACAGUGGUUGUCGCCUCUGGCUUGCAGUCCUUUCCAUUUUCCUUUUUUUAUUUUUUUUAUUUUCUGUUAGGUCCUCCACGUAAAUAGUUGUAGUAUUUUUCUUUCUUCUUUUACCUUUCCUAUCUUACAGUGGAAUCUUAAGGACGCAACUCACUAUGUGUGUGUACACGGGUACUUGUCCAGCUUUUCCCCUGUUCUAAAGAAAAAUCUACCUUUUUCCUUUUUGUUAUCCUUUUUCAUUUUAGUGUAUUUAUUACUUUUUAUUUUG